ACCAGGUGAGGUUCAUUACUAUGUAUCACUCACAAUCAGACCAAGUUCGCAACAUCUUGGCAAAGCACUGGGACAUCCUAUGCUUAGACCCCACACUGUCACUGUAUCUGCAACCACAUCCCUCCAUUACGUAUAAGAGGGCACCGAACCUCAGGGAUAUGCUCGUCCAUAGCCAUUAUGGGGGCAAACAACCACCAAAACUAUUUGGAUCCAAAGGUCCACAGUGGGGAUGUAAACCAUGUGGAUCCUGUGUGGCAUGCCCGAAUAUUCUCCUAAGCAAUAGCUUCCUUGAUUCUAGUGGGAUAAAAGAAUAUAAGAUCACACAUGCAAUCACAUGCAGUACAGUCGGUGUCAUAUAUUAUGCUACCUGUCCCUGUAAUUUGGUUUACAUAGGCCUCACUUCAAGAGAAUUGAAGAGAAGGGUGCGUGAGCAUGUCUUGGGGAUUAUAUCAGCAAAGGAAGAAGAAGAUCUAUCUAGACAUACUACAAUUCCACGCCAUUUCAAACUUCAGCAUUCAUGUGAUCCCACAAAUCUACAGAUACUUCUUUCCUCUAUGGAUUUCUCAGUACGAGAAACUGCCUGGAAGGCACAGGCGGUUAACCUGUUUGGCACUGGGCAUACAUCAGGUUCCGAUCAAGAUGCUCUGAGAUCAAAUAAAAUCAUUUUAAAAAAUCUUUUACACAAGCGCAUGAAAAUUUGGUGGAAUCGCUCUACUUUGGAGCAAUAUCUUACAAAGAAUUUUAUCCCACGUGGCCUACGGAUUCAAACGUUUCCUUCCUAUGGUCGUGACGACGAAGAAUUUUGUACAAAAUGGGAGGAGGUUAGUACCAAAAGUUCCCUGAUGUAUAUGCAACUGAUCAUUGAGUUGAAUACUAGAAGUCUCUCUGAAAUCUCAUUACAAAUUGACUCUACCACGAAAGCUAUCUAUGAUGUAUUGACUCCAUCGGAUUUAGAAACCUAUAAAAAGGAAAUGGAUGAUAUGCAGGAUUCAUGGGAAAAACAAAUCCAAAUCCCACUCUAUGUCUUCUACAAAUUCAUAUGGAGGUGA